AUGCUAGUCUUUAAGAAAUAUAGUAACAAUCUACCUUCUUUUUUGGUGUUUGAAAGGUUGCUCUUUGAUCAAGACGCAUCUCUUAGAUCUGAGCUCAGUCUGCAUCCUGAUAUAAGUGGAAUGUGCAAAGGUGUGCCUUCUCCUGAAAUUAAACUUGAGUUUAAGCUCUCAGAGGAUCCCCAAGAACAAAUGAAUAAAAAUAAGAUGAUGCCUGUUCUUAGUGAGGAUACAAUAUUACAGCAACCUCAAGAUGAAACAGAACAAAAUCAAGCUCUGUUACUGACUCGAAAAAUUUUUCCAGUGUUCACUGAGUCGUUUCCCCAGACUGGACUUUCAAUAAACCACCAAAAUAUUGGAGGACCUGAGACUGAAAAUUCUGAAGUUUUGCCACACCUAGGAAAGGAACUAGGUGAAGACACAGACUCCCCUGAAGUCAGCCUUCUCUCAGGUACUGUUAUUACAGUAUCUGAUAUGAUUGCUAUAAAGGAGAAAUCAUUAAUAGAGCCAGAGAAGAUCUUAGCAGCACCAGAUACAUUUUCUGAGCCUGGAAAGGAAGUCACAUUGACCAUGUCUUCGGAAGAAACUAAGGUUGAAGAAAGCUCUCUUGAAACUUUUGUGUCUGCCUUAGAAAGAUUACUGACAUCACCGGAAAGCAGCCAGGAGGAAAGACUGUUUGAAAUAGUGAAAGAUUUUGAUCCUAAAGAUUUGAUGAACCCAUUGAGUGACUCUCUGAGUUCCACAUCAGUACCUUUGGAUGCCUUGUCGGCAUGUCAUAGAGAUUUACUAGAAAAUACAAAGGAUGAUACAUUGCCAGUUGAAUUAUUGGCAGCCCUGAACACACUGUCAGAAGCCAAUGUGGAAUCUAUAUGUCAUGGAAAAGAAAGAGACAACAGUCUCAUUACUGGGAAUGAAUGUUUAGAAGUGGAGUUUAAUAUAUCUCAGAACAAUGAAGAUUUGACACAAAUAGCAGAGACUUUAGAAGACCCAAAUCCAUCUGGAUCGCAAACUUUGGCCUAUCAAAAUGUCACCUCUUUUGAACCACUAAAUAAAAAGGGAAAUUCAAAUUCAGUGAAAAAUAGCUCAGACCAGGAAACUGCGCGCGUGUUAAGGAGAUCAUCUAGACUGGAAAAACUGAAAGUAAGCAGAGAUGCAAAUGGAAAGUACACAGGUGACAUGUGUAAGAUGCCAGAAAAGAUUUUACCAAAAAUCCCUAACUGUGAGGAUCUAAUAAAUAAUAAUUCUUCAGCUGAGAAUUUCAGAAUGCAGGAUCCUACUUUAAUGACUGAAGGUAAAGAGAGGACUAUGCAUUCAUUCAAGAGUGGAGAACAUAUCAGGAAAAGCAAGCAACUUAGAGGAAAAAGAGAAAAAAUGAAGAUGAAUAAAACAUCUCUCUCUGGCAUUAACCGGAGAAACGUUUUUGGAGAGAACUUACUGUAUAGGGCUGCUCUGCAUGAUGAUGCUGACCUUGUUCAUCAUUGUAUAAAAAGCGGUGGAAAUGUUAAUCAGCCAAGUUAUGCUGGUUGGACAGCACUUCAUGAAGCUAGUGUAGGAGGGUUUUAUCAGACAGCAAGUGAACUAUUAAAAGGUGGAGCAGAUGUAAAUUUCAAAGGAAUGUACCAGAUUACUCCCCUAUAUGAUGCUGUGUUGCAUGGACAUUAUAAGGUGGCAGAGUUACUUCUUUUGAACGGAGCAGACCCAUUAUAUAGAGGUGACAAUGGAAAGUGUGCUUUGGAUGAGGCCAAGGAUUCACGUAUGAAGCAUCUUCUUGAGAGAUAUGUUUCUAAACAUAAAAAAUAUCUUACAUCAGCCCAAAAAAAUAGCGCCAAUCCAUUAGACACAGAGGAUGUACACCAGCACAAGAAACCAAAAUUCAGUUCUGAAAAUUGCAUUUUGUGUGUUGGUGAUGAACAUUCCAAUAGACAGAAGCCAGAACAUGUAAAAGUCAAUAACACAAGCAAAGAGAGUUUAUUUAUAAAUGAAGAUGUCUAUGAAUGUUGCCAAGGAGAUUCCCAAAGCACAAAAUUUAGUAAAUCCAUGCAUAAACAAUCAACUCUUAACCAAAUACACUCUACAGGACUUAGAAAGGGCAAUGUCCAUAACAUCAAAGAUCCCAACACAAAUGUGCCUAGAGGUUCAAGAAGAAAAACACAACCUAAACGACCUCAAGGAGAUGAUGGAGACUGCAAUUCAAGAAGGUCGGUCGCUGUCUCUUCUUCCAGGAGAGUAAACAGAGUAGUUACUCGUCAGCAGCAUAUUCUGCAAACUCUUGAUGACCUUCCAGAAGUGUCAUGUGAACCUUCUAGCCCAACCUUGUCAAACCUGAAAAAUGGAUUAGAUAAUAAUAUUAAGCCUUGUUCAGUUUCCAAAGAGACACAUACCCAGAGCCUAGACUUAUCAAAUGGUCAAGAAGCACAAUUCUUAGAAUCCAUAGACCAAACCGAAGCUGCUGCUUUCUCAGGAUCUUCAUUACAUGAAAAAAUUAAUUUACUAUUUGUUACUACAGAUAAACAGCCUCACACUCUCCAGGAACAACUCAGUAGCCCUUAUAAACCUCAUGAAAACAGUAACUCAGUCCAAAAAGAUAAGAGUCUUAAUAAAUGGGAAAUUUCUUUUCUAUCUUUUAUAAAGAGAAACUGUGAUGUUGAUGAUGAUGGUGAUUGCUCUUCUUCUGAGAAGGUUGUAACAUCUAAAAAGAUAGUAUGUUCAACAGAUUGCAAAGACCACUAUAAUUAUAAAGAUAAUAUAACAAAUAGAAAAGAUAAUGAUUUUCAGCAAUAUUUACCUUCUGAAGGUAGUUUUUUACAGGAAAAUGAAUCAAAAGCAGGCAGCCCAACCACAUUUCCACAACAGGAAGCUGUUAGCUUUUCUGAUCCAGAAAAUGCAGUAAUUUCUGGUCAACAUGUUGCAAAUUGUGAGCAAUGCAUAUCUGGGACAUCCUUUGAUCACUCACAUGGUAGUCCUGAGCAAACUUCCAUGGCCUGUAUGAGAAUACUUUCAACACCCGAGUUUUCAGAAUUGACUAGUCAUGUGGAGCUGUUCAGAAAGCCUCAGGAUCAUAGCCCUAGAACACCAACUUGUUUAAUUAAUCAAACAGAUACACGUACUGUGGAAAAGGUGACAAAGAAACAAGACACUAAAAAGAAUUACACUGAUAAAGGCCAGAAAAUAAGUUCUUCAGCUGGACCUUUAUCCACAGCUGUUCAUUCUAAAGUAAUAGAAACAACUGAAGUUGAAAAAAGGAGACAAAAUCUUCCAGAAAGUGGGACUAUACAUACUAUAGAUUUUCAUCCCAUUGACAAUAUGAAUGAAGAAUUGACCAAUGUCUCACAACUUAGUCCAAGAGAAGAGAAAGAAAUUUCUCACAAACCAGGAAUGAAAACAGCUGGAGUAAAUAAGAGGAAUGCCAGAGGAGAAAGCAAGCUUCACUUGGCUGCCAGAAGAGGAAAUCUGUCUCUGUUGAAAACUCUAAUAGAAUCUGGAGCAGAUGUGAAUCUAAAAGAUAAUGCAGGGUGGACACCGCUUCAUGAGGCUUCUAUUGAAGGAUCUAAUGAUAUAAUUGUGGAGUUAUUAAAAGCUGGUGCUAAUGUUAAUUGUGAAAAUCUAGAUGGAAUUCUGCCCUUACAUGAUGCAGUGGCAAACAACCAUUUACAGGCAGCUGAGACUCUACUAAAAAAUGGAGCAAACCCUAAUCAAAAAGAUCAAAAGCAGAAGGCUGCUUUGGAUGAAACAGAUGAUGAAAAAAUGAAAGAGUUGUUAAAAUCUUAUGGUGCAAUUGAGACCAAUAUCAGAGAUGAGAGUAAUGCUAUAGUCAAUGUAAAAAUUCCUGCUGUCCAUUCAAAAAGACAUGAACAGUGUUUCUGUGAUGAUGGCAAAACAGUUGAUCUACCUUCCCUUUCACACCAAGAAGAAAUAAGAGAAGAUCUUCCUGUGCAUCAGAGCCUCAGUGCCAUUGUACAAGACAUCGAAGAAAAACAAGAAAAUUUAUUAGAGUUUGAAAUAAGAAACCCUGAAGAUGCAGAGCAAUAUAUUGCAAAGAUGUUAAGGAUAAAAGAGGUUAUGGAUGGUGUGCUUGCCAAACAGAAAGCAGAAAGGGAUGAUCUGGCUAAAAAAUACAGGGUAUCUAUAGAGUCAUUUAAGCAUGGACCCCUGAGAGAACAACUGGCUAACUUGGCCACAAGACAGAAGAGCCUUUUGGUCGUGGCAAAAAAACAGAAAAAAAUAAGCCUGAAAAUUCAAAACUAUAAGAGUGCCACAACAUUGUCUGGUGUUAGUUUAAGGAAGCUGCCACCCAGAACGGAAAUGUCUAGUGAAAAGAACAGUCAAAAACUUAUAAGUCUGGAAAAUUCAAUGCAACCCCAAUUGGAUUCACUUUCUCCUGUCAAUCUUGAUUGUGAGAAUACGCAGGAAACUCAGUUGUCUCUAGAAACUUGGAAUGACAGGCAAAGUACCAACAUUUGUCUAAGUUCAGAGGCAGUGAGAAGGGAAGAAUUUUCUGGAAAUGAGCUAAGUUGUAAACAGAACGUCAGUGAUUGUCCCUUAGAUUGGUUAUCAAAAUCUAGACAUUCAGAUGGCGCUGAGAAGAUUAAAUUACCACCCCAACCUGUUGCUUUUAUUGCUCAAACAGAAUAUUCACAAAAAGAAAAUGAUCUUACAGAAAUUACAGCCAAAGAGCAUGACUUUUAUAGUCCUUCUCCAGUAACUGGCACAUUAAAUAUUUCAGAAACCAUAAGUGUACCUGCCCCAAAUAAUGCCCAUCCAUCAACUGUGAUUUAUGAUGAAGACCUCUCCAAUUAUGAGCCAAAAAGAAGAAACAGAAAAACAACUUCCCAGAAGCCCCCUGCAGAGACAUCAGAAUCUCUGGAACAUCAAAGGAUUGCUGUUGGAGGCAGUGACACUGAGUAUCAGAUAAAGCCAUAUCUUAAAAAAUCAGCUUCUGCUAUUCCACACACAAAUGACAGUCAAAUCUCUUCUUCCUCUGGGCCUGGGUGUCAACAUACUACAAAAAAGUCUUUAAACUGUAGUACAGCUCCUAAAAAGAAACGUAUGCAGAUAAAAGAUUUGAUAUUACUAGGAAGACUUAAUCCAGGAAGUAACAUUCUGGAAUUCAAAACACAGGAAACUACCCACAAAGCAAGUAUUUUAUUAAAUGGUAAAAUAAAGGUAGAAAACGGUCAGAUUUAUCAAAACCCAGUCACCUGGCUCAGGGAUAUUCUGGGAGGCAACAGUUGUGUGACCUGGAAUUAUGCUUGGAGUAAGGUAACAUAUCUUGGGAAGGAGCUUUUAAAGUAUGUUUCUGAGGAAGCACCCAUGCUUCCAGAACCAAACCUGGUACUUCAGCAUCGACCUUGUCUUCCAGAAGUGCCUUGUUUAGAUGACCCUGUACAAGAACCAAGCAAAUCAAUGUUUGAAAAAAUGAAAUUUGGACAAGGAGCUUCCAGAGAGUCAAGGCAAAGCAUACCAGAUUACCUACAAAUAAAUGAAAUACUGUUAAUCAGCGAUCAAGAAUUUCUCCCCUGCCAUAUAAUGGAUCAGCACUGGAAGUUCUAUGUGGAAUGUGAGGAACUGACAUUCUAAAGCCUUGUUUUCUUAAUGUCUUUCUAGCUCUGUAUUCACAUUGUCAACAGACAUUUAUAGUUUAUUUUGUGUGGUCUGUUUGGCCUAUUCUUACACGUUAUGGGUUGCUACUUAAGAUGUAUAUUUGUUGUCAUAAGGAAAAAUGUAACUCUUCAGCUAUUAUAAUGAGAUUAAUACAUUUUUGCCACUGAAAUAAAGGCAUGUUUGAACUAGA